AUGACCAAGAAAGCCCUCUUCGUCAUCGACACACAAGCCGAGCUUGUCUCGAUUCCAAGCACUGCCAUCCCCCACGCAGCACGCAUUUGCGAAGUCGGUGGUGUGAUCCUUGACCGCGCGCGACGCAUUCCCAGCACUGAACUUGAGAUCAUCAUAGUCCAACACUGUGAAGAUGCAAGCGAUCCAAAUGCAACGCUAAUCCCCGGCAGUAAGGAGUGGCAGCUGGCUUUGCCUCCUCAAGACGGCGCCAAGAAUGAAAGGGUUGUCCGUAAAACCACUGGGGAUACGUUUGAAUCGAACCCUUCGUUGGUGGAUGAGCUGAAGAACCAGCGUGUGGCUACUAUCGUGGCCUUCGGGGUUCAAAGUGAGCAAUGCGUGCGCGCUACCUGCCGAGGGGCUGUAAAUGCGGGGUUUGCGGUGGUGUUGCUCCAAGGGGCACAUUCCACCUACGACAAUACAGACACGGGGGAAAGUGCAGAAGAUAUUGAGAGAGCAGUCGAACAGGAGCUAAAGUCUAUCGGUGUUCAGAUCGUACCGUGGGACCAAUAUACUUUCUAG